AUGCAGAGGAUCCUAGACCGUCUUUCAAAGGACUCUGCUCAGCCGCAACGCAAAGACGACUGGUUAAGAGCAGCUGCAAUAGAGGACAUCUCAGAGCAACGCGCGGCCUGGAUGGCAGAUGUCCUUGUAGCUGCUGUAUCACCCCAAUACCCAGACAAACUCGUAUCAAGCGCGAGAUUGGCCAUCUUUGCCAUGAUGAGCACCGACCGCCAAAGACUGGUGGGAAGCAGAGUUCCGAUGCUGUUCCAGCUGCUUCGUCAAAUAGCGCUGAUCCUGCAAGGUGCAUUUGACACCAUGCAACCCGGCCCAUCGAACACCUUUACCACGAUGUCCCUUUUCACGUCCAUCUGUCAUUACAGAGGCAGCGACCUCAGGCUGAACAAAGCAGCGAACCAGUUUGUGUUGUUAACUUUUCAAAUUCCUAGUGCACUCGCCCGGAUAAUUCAGUGUGCGCUGGUGAUUCAAGAGGUUCCACCAUUUCGCGAACGUAUGCCUCACCACCCUGCUUCUGAUUUCAUGACCUCUGCAGAAAUUGCUAAUAAACUACCGAAGGACUUCAUAUGGGGAUUCGCUACUGCGAGUUUCCAGAUCGAAGGAUCUGCUAAUGUCGAUGGACGCGGGAAGUCAAUCUGUGACGACUUCUCCAAGCAACCUGGAAAGACAAUGGACGGCCGAGACGGAGAUGUGGCCACUGAUUCAUACAGGCUCUGGAAGGAGGAAAUUGCACUGCUUGCUCAGUAUGGCGUCAAGUCCUGCCGAUUUUCCUUAUCUUGGUCUCGUAUCAUCCUCCUCGGUGGCCGCAACGACCCCGUUAAUCCUAAGGGUAUAGCCUUGUACUCCAAUUUCAUCAAUGCACUGCUGGAACAUCACAUAAUCCCAUUUGUUGUUACUCUAUACCACUGGGACCUUCCCCAGGCCCUGCAUGGCAGAUAUGGCGGGUGGUCAAACAAGGACCAGAUAGUUCAGGACUAUGUCCGCUAUGCUAAGGCGAGUUGUCCUGUAAUUUUGCAGACCGAGUCAAGCACUGGUGUGUGUGCUUCAGGUAUUCGGUCACCAUGCGUCUUUAGGCUGACAGUGAACGAGCCAUGGUGUGUCUCAAUUCUUGGGUAUGGAAGGGGCGUCUUCGCGCCAGGACGAUCAAGUGACCGAGGAAGAUCACCAAAGGCGACUCCUCCACCGAACCGUGGAUGUGCAUCUACUACUCAUUGUCUAGUCGGCCACAGCGUCAUUUUAUCGCACGCAUAUGCAAUCAAGCUUUAUCGCGAGGAGUUCAAGGCCGUGCAGGGUGGCCAGAUCGGAAUCACGCUCAAUGGUGACUGGGCCAUGCCAUACAAUGAUAGCCCACACUGA